AUGAUCGAGAUGGCCCAUUAUAUAGUCAACGUCAAAAAGGAAAUUAAACUGCCAACAUUCCUUGAUCAUUGGAUCUCCAAGGAUAUCUCGAAGCUUGACACAGUCCUUGUUAUAACCCGUCGAAUCCGCAAGAUCACAGAUAUGGAGCGUGUUAUCUUUGCUAUAGACGAGAAGUCACUCCCUGAAGGUGUCGACGUCCAGGCAAUUGUCCUCCGGCGCAAACUCUCGUAUUUUGGCAAUGAUGACUCAGUUACUGCUCUCUUACAGCAUAUGGGCAAGGAGAGUCUCUGGUGCAAAGUCAUUGAGGUACUUUGGCACGGAUUCGAUGAAACUACUUCUCGUGAACCGUUUUCUUUGUGGAAGGGUGUUGAUCCGGCUUUUAAAGAUUUAAAUGCCGGUUUGACCGAUAUCGAUCCAAAGAGGCUCACGGCCAAUGCGGCCUUGCAACAUCCAUGGUUCAAAGAUGUUACGGAUUAA